AUGAUAGGCACUAUUGGGACUCGCAGUACCUCUUUAGCCUUGAGAUCUAGACUUUUUCCCACGGCGAAACUCCUGCACCCACGGCAUUUUGCCUCGGAUAAUCCAGGCGAAAAACCUAUCAGUCUUUGGUACCCCAUUGUCGGAGGCUUGGUUAUCACAAUUGGAGGAGGAAUCAAGUGGUGGCAUGAUCAUGUUGGUGGACCGGAAGGACUAAAGCGCUCAGCCCAUUUCUACAGCUAUGCCAUUCCCAAGUACCUGGUAUAUCGUUAUCACGUGUGGAGAAAGAGCCCAGAUGAGGUUUGGGAGGCACUGGACAAUGAUACCAGCAAAGGGGGUCUCAAAAAGAUUCAGGACUUGCGUGGAUUUUACAUCAAAGCGGGUCAAAUGGCAGCUGCCAAUGUUGGUGAUGGUUUCCCUGAAAUUUGGCAGAAAACCAUGAGUGUCUUGCAAGACCAAUGCCCCGAAGAAGACUUUGAGACUAUCAAAGCUAUCGUUUCAAAGGAGCUAGACUUCGACAGUGUGUUUGCUACGUUUGAAGAACGACCUAUUGGGGCAGCUUCUAUUGGUCAAGUACACAGAGCCACCCUGAAAGAUGGAACAAGAGUGGUAGUGAAGGUCAUGUAUCCUUCAGCAGAAGAACUGCUUCGAGGAGAUGUGAGAACCAUCAAAGCGUUUGCCCAGAUAGCGCAACCGGUCCAUGUACCGGCACUAGAACAGAUUGAGGUGCAAUACAUGGAGGAGUUUGACUAUCGAGCAGAGGCAAAGCACUUGGCCACAGUACGCGACAAUCUAAUUGCUGCAGGACUAGCCGGCAAAGACGCAGUGGCGAACCAAAAACUGUGCUUGGUGCCCAAACCGUACUUGGAUUUGUGUACCAAGAGAGUCCUGGUCAUGGAAGAGCUCCUGGGAGACAAACUUGCCGAUGCGUUGAAACAGGAACAGAAAGCACUGGCGAAUCGUACAGGUGAAUCGGUCGAAGCAUUCACUAAGCGAAUCAAAGCGGAGGAAGAGGAAGCGAAGGCCAAAGGUGAACAGCUACAUGGGCCUUCUAGUUCGGACUAUGAUUUGCUCAUUUCGGUGUUGGAUAGCAAACGAAAGACUACCAAUGCACUGAGAAUGCUUUACAACACGACAAUUGGAUUGCUCCCAGGGACGACCAAGAAGGAGCUCGAGGACAAAAGUACCUUGCCAAUCAACCACGCAAAGAUGAUUGACGACUUGAUCUACAUUCAUGGCCAUGAGGUUCUUGUAGACGGUUACUUCAACGGGGACCCUCACCCCGGAAACAUUCUGUUGGUUCGGGGUCAAGAUGGACGGCCCGGCCUUGGCCUGAUCGACUACGGUAGCACGAAGCAACUGUCAAAGGAAAAGAGGCAUCUCUUUUGCAAGCUUGUGAUUGCACUUGCGAACGAAGACCGGGAAGCUAUCGUAAGCCUCAUGAAAGAGGCUGGGUGGAAAUCAAAGCGCAUGGAUCCCAAUGUUAUUUAUCUGUUUGCCAAAGUUAGUUACGAUGAGGACAACUACAAGCUCACCGAGGGAAUGCAUAUUCAAUUGUUCGUCGAGGAACUUCAGGCACGCGAUCCCAUCAAUGAAAUGCCCAAGGACUUCAUAAUGAUAUAUCAAACUUCCAUACGGUUGCGAGGUUUGGCGCACGCACUUCACCAGCCAAGAAGUCUAGCAAAAGCAUGGAAACCGAUUGCGGAGAGAGUUCUGAGAGAGGAUUUAUGA